GAGCUCGCCCUCCCGCACCCAUCCCGCGGCUCCAGCUCCGGCGGUUCCGAGCUCCGUUUUCCCCUCGACUGGAGCUGCAGCCGGUGUCCCCAUCCCCAUCCCCAUCCCCAUCCCCAUCCCCAUCCCCAUCCCCAUCCCCAUCCCCAUCCCGGCAGCUCCAUCCAGCGUUCCCUCCGGGGUGCGGAGAUGGGCGGCGGGGCAGGGCCAGCCCCGUCCCCCGAGCCCGGGGGGCAGCGGGCAGUCAGCCGGACCAUGCUGCUGAAGGCUGCGCUGCUCCUCUCGCUGCUGGCCGGCUGCCCGGGUGGGUGCGGGCACGGGGGCAGCAGGGCAGGGUGCGCGGCAGCACAAGCCCCGCUCCCGCCCGCAGUGUCCCCGGCCAAGCCGGCACAGAGCGGCCUCUGGGAGUACCUGAGCCAGCUGACGGGUGACAAGGACAGCCUGGAGCACGGCCAGAGCAAGCUGGGCAGGGACCUGACGAACCUGAAGGAGAGCAUUCAGGAUGGGGUCAGCUACAUGGGGGAUUUCCUGGAGAAGCUGUCGCCCCUCAACAGGGGCCUGCAGCCGCCGCUCUACGAGGACCCGGCCAGCCUGCGCAAGGCCAUCCGCAGGGAGCUGGACAGCCUCAGGGUGAAGCUGUCCCCGUACGUGGACGAGGUGCACCAGCAGGUCGGGAAGCACCUGGACGAGCUCCGGCAGCAGCUGCGGCCGUUCACGGAGGAGCUGCUGGAGCAGGCGUCCCUGCGGGCCCGGGAGCUCCGGCGGCACCUGAUGCCCAGCCGGGAGGUGACGGCGCAGCUCCUGGACGGCGCCGACGAGCUCCAGCGCUUCAUGGCUCCCUACGCCGACAAGAUCGCCUUCCACACGGAGCAGGUGAAGGAAAUCUUCCAGCCGUACACGGAGCGGCUGCUGACCGAGAUCCGCCGCAACGUGGAGGAGCUGCACCGCAGCGUGGCCCCGCACGCCCGCGCCAGCCCCGAGCAGCUCCAGCAGCACAUCCAGGAGCUGUCGGCCAAGCUGACCCGCAACGCGCGGGACCUGCACCAGCAGAUCCAGAGGAGCCUGGAGCAGCUGAAGGCCAAGCUGAGCCCGUUCCCCGGCAGGCUCGGGGCGCGGCCCCGCUCCCGGGAGGCGCUGGCGCGGGAGGUGCAGCGGAGCGUGGAGGAGUUCCGGCAGGACACGUACGCGCAGAUCCGCGCCUUCACCCGGGCGCUGGACCACGAGACGGAGGAGAUGCGGCUGAAGCUCAGCGCCCGCCCGGAGCCGCCCGAGGAGCCGCUGGACGCGUCGCCGCCGCCCCUGGAGGACCUGCGCGCCCGGCUGGACGCGCUGUGGCGGGACCUGGCGCUGAGCCUGAGCGAGCGCGGCGGGGAGGGCGGGCAGGGCGGGCAGGGCGGGGAGGCGCGGGCGGGCCCGGCGGGGCCGGGGCGGCUCCGCGGCUGAACGCAAAUAAAGGCGCCGCCAUCGCGGCCCGCGCGCCCCACGUGACCCGCGCGCCAUCGCCGUGCGUCACCGCCGCGCGCCGUCACGUGACACCGAGCAGCAUGUCGGCACUGGGGGCCGUGGAGGCGGCGGCCGGGCCCGGAGC